CGGUCUAGACAUCACAUCAUUAGCCAAGUCAGCUAGUUAGCUGUUUAUUUUUUGGACAAAAUGUCAACUACGACAGGCGGCGGAGAGUUUGGCAACCCUCUACGAAAGUUCAAGCUCGUCUUUCUGGGCGAACAGAGUGUUGGGAAGACCUCUCUCAUCACCAGGUUUAUGUAUGACAGUUUCGACAACACUUAUCAGGCAACAAUUGGCAUUGACUUUUUGUCAAAAACCAUGUACCUAGAAGAUCGCACGAUUCGGCUGCAGCUCUGGGAUACAGCCGGACAGGAGCGUUUCCGCAGCCUCAUCCCCAGUUACAUCCGCGACUCAGCUGCUGCUGUGGUGGUUUAUGACAUUGCCAAUCUUAAUUCAUUCCAGCAAACUUCAAAGUGGAUUGAUGAUGUUAGAACAGAGAGAGGAAGUGAUGUCAUUAUCAUGCUUGUUGGGAACAAAACAGACUUGGCGGAUAAAAGGCAAGUUUCUGUUGAGGCGGCAGAGAGGAAAGCUCGUGAGCUCAAUGUGAUGUACAUAGAGACCAGUGCCAAGGCUGGCUAUAACGUCAAACAGCUGUUCCGUCGUGUUGCUGCUGCAUUGCCCGGGAUGGAUAGCACACCAGAGAAAAGCAAAGAGGACAUGAUCGACAUCAAACUGGAGAAACAGCCAGAGAUGACUGUCACCGAGAGCAGCUGCUCAUGCUAGUACUCCUCACCCUCACCGAGCCUGUCUCCUCCCAACCAACAGCUUGUCUCUCAGUGGCCACUCUCUCCACCCUUGGCACACUGCCAUUGGGAUGGACAACCUGUCUCUUUUUCCCUUUUCAACUCAGUGACUUUUCAGAGUAACCGUGUGGAUGUGCAUUACUGUAUUGGAAGAGAUUAUCUGGGGCGGGAGGAUGGUUCAAAAGUAAACAUUUAAAAACGAGGAAUAAGUUAAAUGAUAUGUUCAGAUUUUCAUCCAGUUGCAUGGCAUUAUAUAGGAUUGCAGACUGACAUAGCUAACCGCUCAUGAGUUAUUGCACAGUUCAGAUUCUUUAGUGCUGUUACUCUCGUCAUUGUUGUAAAGUAAAACUGCUUGGGAUUAUUUAAAUGACUCUGCAAGGUUGAGUUCUCAGCCCAUUGUAUUUUACUUUUUUAUUUUUAAAUGGAGAGCUUGUCGUCAACUAUUCUAGCUCUCAGAUAACUGCUUAUUUCUUGACUUUGUCUUAUUUUUGAGGAAGUAGAGAUGAGAUCUUACCAGUAAACUUACAUCAUUGCUAACCACCAUAUUACCACAUUAGGCUCAAAUGGACCCUUUUCAUUGAAGAGGGUCAAUUGUCCAAUCAUGAGGUAUAAUUAUACCUAACGACUCUGUAGGCUUGAGCUGUCAAAUACAACAGUAUGUUAGCAGAUCAUAUUUACACAUUUUGGGACCUUAUCUCAAACCGUGCAAAAGGGAUGCAUAACCAAACAAUGAGGUAAUAGAUCAUGAAAGGGAAACCAUCCUGAGUUCACUAAAUUGGCUAUUAACCUAAAGCUAUGUCUGCAUUAAAACUAUAGCAACUCUCUUUCCAAUGUUGAAUUAGCUGCACGCAUACUAACAUGUCUGAGGAGGAGUUUUCUGUUAUUAGAUACCCCUAAUGUAGGAAAUAAAUAAUAAAGUCAGUGUUUAGUUUUUCCACUCUGAUGGAAAGUUGUCACUUUGGUCGCUAUGACGUACCCACCAUCUCAUUGAUAAUUUGUGUUGUGUUGAUUACACUAUUGCAAGAACAUGCAGCAUGCUCACCAUGCAGGAUUUAUAUGGAUAAGAACACAGAUGCCUUGCUUGUUUGUUCACCAACGUUGUGCACUGAAUCAAGCCACAAUAUUGUAAAAUAUAAAAGAAGCCUGCUGACUGGUUCAUGGCUUCACUAGUUGUUUUGUAGAGCUGGUAGAUACGAGUUUGUCCUCAGAUGCAGCCAACGCUUACUAACACCCUUGCUGUAAAAAAAAAAAAAGUGCAGAGAAGUUAGUUGCAGUAUCCUUUGCUGUAAUGCCUGUGUAGGACUGUUGGUUUUAUGUGUUUUUAUUUAUUUUGUAACUUGGACAUACAGAUAACAUUGUAUGCUUGACCAAAAGUACAGAUGCUGACACGCAUGUUGAAAGUUUGUUUUAUUUAUUGUUUGCGUGUCUGCCGGGACUCCACCUAAAGGCGACACUUAUGCCCGGUAACUACAUUUGUCACACUGCUAGAAAUUACUUCUUCGCAAUGUGUAGUCAGUAGCUUGGUUUACAGUCACAGGUCAAGGCUGCACAGUCUCUAGACACAAACACACACACACACACGGUGUAACACAAACAAAUUAACUAGCCAUAGCACAACAAAAGGCACUGGUCAUUUGCUGUAGCUUGUUUUUGAAAUAUCAAUGUUUUGAAAUGGAUAAAAAAAUGUAAGUAUAUAAUUACAUCAAACAACCAUUUUAACAUGAGCAGCUCUUCUAUUACUCGUCACCGACUAAAUACUCAGCUUUGUGCCAUUCUGAAUUGUGUGUUCAUUUGAAAUAUGCUGUCUACUCGUGUUUAGCAAUGUUUGUGUGAAUAAUGUACUAUUACUAUCUGAUGUAUAAAACGGAGAGUUAAUGAAACACAAGUGUAGCCCUAUCACUUGGAAUAAAAUAAAGAUAUUUCACCAAAAUGUAAA